GUUCGAGGAGGCCCUGCAGGAAGCCCGGCAGGUUGAUAAGCUGCUUGCGGAGGGUCCUGGCGAUGACUGCCUGGAGGAGAAGUUCCCCUUGUUGGGAGUUCCCAUCACCGUUAAGGAGGCCUUUUCUCUUUAUGGGAUGCCCAACACCUCUGGCUUGGUCAACCGCCGCAAUGUGAUCGCCACCUCGGAUGCCACUGUGGUGUCACGGCUGAAGCAGGCAGGUGCCAUCCCGCUGGGUGUCACCAACUGCAGCGAGCUCUGCAUGUGGUACGAGUCCAGCAACAGGGUCUACGGGCGGACCAACAACCCCUACGACCUGCAGAGGAUUGUGGGCGGCAGCUCAGGUGGGGAGGGUAGUGUCCUGGCAGCUGCCGGCUCAGUGGUAGGUGUGGGCUCUGACAUCGGUGGCAGCAUCCGAAUGCCCGCCUUCUUCAAUGGAGUCUUUGGCCAUAAACCUACAACAGGGGUGGUGCCCAACGACGGCCAGUUCCCCAACGCUCAGGGAGUGCGCACCAGCUACCUGUGCACGGGGCCCAUGUGCCGCUACGCAGAGGACCUGGAGCCUGUGUUGAGAGUCAUGGCCGGCCCUGGGGUCUGCAAGCUGAAACUGAAUGAGAAGGUGGCGCUGGAGAAAAUCAAAUUCCACUGCAUGGAUCAUGAUGGUGGGUCCAUUUUUGUAUCACCUGUGGACAAGGAGAUCCUGCAGGCCCAAAAGAAGGUGGUGGAGCACCUUGAAAGUGACCUUGGAGUCCGGGUUCAGCAUGUGGCAAUCCACAAGAUGAAGUAUUCCUUUCAGAUCUGGUCAGCCAUGAUGUCAUCCAAGGACAGUGAGGGACAGGAGGCACAAAGAUUCACAGACCUGCUGGGGGACCAUGGGAAGCCAGUGUGGCCGCUGUGGGAGCUGAUGAAGUGGCUCGUGGGGAUGUCUUCUCACACUCUCCCGGCUAUCGCCCUGGGACUGACAGAGAAGCUGGUGAACCUCAACCUCAGUGGGAAGGCCAAGCUGGUGAGCAUGGGGAAGAGCUUACAGGAGGAGAUGGAGGCACUGCUGGGGCCAGAUGGGGUGCUCCUCUACCCCUCACAUCCCACCAUCGCCCCCAAGCACCACUCCCCCAUCUGCAUGCCCUUCAAUUUUGCCUACACAGCCAUCUUCAAUGUGCUGGGCCUGCCGGUGACGCAGUGCCCGCUGGGGCUGGGCCGCGAGGGGCUGCCGCUGGGCAUCCAGCUGGUGGCGGCCUCCUACAACGACCACUUGACGCUGGCGGUGGCCCGGUACCUGGAGAAAGCCUUUGGAGGAUGGGUUUUGCCAGGGGAAGUUUAACAGGGACAGAGGCAGUGACGAGUGCUAAUGCUUGAUCCCAUCAUGGCACUGCCUGCUCCCUCUGCAUCCCCCUACACCCUGCUGGGAGUGGCUGGUGGUGUCUCCAGCACAGGAACAGCUGGACCACUGCCACUGAGUCCUCAUCCCUGUGGCACCCUCUGUCAGGGAGAGACCUGCCUUUCCCGAGCCCCUCAGGAGCCCCAGUGCCACAGUCUGAGGAUGCCCUGCCUGCAGUGGGCACCCACCCACCUUUUCCAGACCAUGGAGUUGGCCACCUCUAUAACCUUUCUGCUUUCAAAGUGCUGCGUGAGAGCUGGGCAGAGGACGUGCUUCCAGAUUGCGGAGGGCAGCUGUGCAGCACCCCUCAGGGCUGCCUGGGCCCUGGGGGUCCUCCUUGGCCUCACCCUGCCCACGGGGCUGGACUGUGCCUGCUGCACCCAGGCUUGCUAGCCCCCCCAGUCCUCCCAGUCUCCUGCAGGCUUGCCCCCACCCUUUGACCAAAAAGGGAGGGGGGCUGGAGGAGCCAUAGGCCUGCCUCACCAACAGCGCUUUGUGCGGUGGUGGAUGCUUGACUCUGCAGUGUGUGCAGCUGUCAGGCACAGCUGGGAGCAUUUCAGCACUGGUAUUCAGCCAGGUAUUAAAGAGCUUGUCCAGUCUA